ACAUAUUGUUUUUCUUGGUUAUGUUUAUAUUUUCUGCUUCAAAUAGUCUCGCACGUGCUUUUUUUAAAACUAAUUCUCUCCAGUGUAUUAUUAGAUGAAAAACAACAAACAUGAAGUUCAGCUACACGUUUAACAACUUGUUGGGUUGUGUUUACCGACAAGGCAAUCUCAUAUUCACCAAUGAUGGCAACUCAGUGAUAAGCCCUGUGGGCAAUCGAAUAACCAUAUUCGAUUUGAAAAAGAAUACAUCGACCACUUUACCAGUGGAAAGCAAUUACAACUUCACAACUUUAGCUUUAAGUCCUAAUGGGUGCACAUUAUUAGCAGUCAAUGAGAACCAUGCCACUUUCAUGAUUUCACUGAUCUCCAACACAGUGAUCCACAAAAGGAGUUUCCGGCAUUUGGUCAAAGCUAUUAAAUUCAGCCCAGAUGGAAAACUAUUUGCUAUGUGCCUUAACGAUGAAGUUUUAAUAUUCCAAGCGCCAGGCCCAUAUUCAGGUGAAUACAAUGGAUUUCACUUGAAGAGGAGACUGGGUGGACUUGCAGAUGAAACAAUCUGUUUAGAUUGGAGUGGUGAUUCGAAACUGUUGGCAGUCGGAACUAAGGAAAUGCUUGUACAUAUUUAUUCCAUGGAUAAUACAAAGAGCAACAGUAGAUUAACUUUGGGUAAACAAGGUAGUAAAGUGAUAUCCGUAUUCUUUGAUCACAAAACCGAUGAUUUGAUUACGAUCACGGCCGGGUCCAAAUUACACGUGUGGAAAUGCAUCAGGCAGAAAGAUGACGUCAAAUCUGAAGAGCCUAUGAAGAAGAAAAAGAAAGAAGAUGAGGUAGAAGCCGAGGAUUACGAUGCGACGAAAACUUUGGAACAGACUGAAGAGGAAAUAACGAACGCAUUGGAGAAGAUCGAUAUAAUCGAUGAGGAGGAGAAGUCCAAGAAGAAGAAACGAAAGUUUGACGUUUCCUUUCAAACGACUGGGCACAAAAUCCUCCUCGAUAAUGGUAAAGUGAAGAUUUGUUCGGCGACGUAUCACAAGGAAAAUAGGAUAUUGGUGGUUGGCACGAGCGUCGGUGAUUUUUACAUCUACGAAAUGCCCGAAUGCAGUCUGAUCCAUUCCUUGAACAUUUCCAAAAACAAGAUCAAAUCAGUGGCGAUGAACUGCACCGGUGAUUGGAUCGCUUUAGGGUGUACGGGCAUUGGACAAUUAUUGGUGUGGGAGUGGCAAAGUGAGACUUAUGUGAUGAAACAGCAAGGGCACUCGAGCAACAUGAGCUGCAUUUCGUACUCCACUGAUGGCCAGUACAUUGGAACGGGAGGCGAAGAUGGUAAAGUGAAAUUGUGGAACACCCAGACCGGUUACUGCUUCGUGACGUUCAGCGAACACACGAGUCCUGUUACGUCGCUGCAGUUCUGCGGAAACAAGAAGUUCUUGAUUAGCGCUUCUUUGGAUGGCACGGUCAGAGCUUUCGAUAUAAUCAGGUACCGUAACUUCCGGACGUUGACAACUCCGCGACCCGUGCAGCUAUCCUGCGUUUCUGUGGACAGCAGCGGCGAAUUCGUAGCUGCCGGUAGUCAAGACAGUUUCGAAAUUUACUUAUGGUCGAUGAAGUUGGGUCGUUUAUUGGAGAUCUUGAGCGGACACGGUGGACCAGUCUGCAGCAUAGAGUUCAGUCCAAAUCCGAACAGCGCUGUGAUGGCUUCGGUUUCCUGGGAUAAGACGUUACGCAUCUGGGACGCUAUUGAGAAGGGUUCUGCCCAUGAGACCAUCGAAUUAUGCUCCGAUGGAUUAGCAGUUGCCUUCCAUCCUGCUGGUCAGGUGGUGGCUGUUGCUACUUUGAACGGUCAAAUCUCCACGUUUGAUGUAAAAUCCGGUAGCCAAUUGUUCACUAUCGACGGAAGAAACGAUUUGGGAAGCGGUCAACUUGACACGGACUUGGUGUCAGCCAAGCAAUCUUUGAAAGCAAAGGCCUUUUUGACGUUGUGCUAUUCCGCUGACGGCGAAUGCAUCUUGGCCGGAGGCCAAUCCAAGAACGUGUGCAUCUACAACAUCAAGCAAGGCAUUAUUUUAAAGAAAUUCUCAAUCACCUGCAAUUUAUCUCUGGACGGUGUUCAAGAAUUCAUCAGUUGGAGGAACCGCACGGAGUUUGGUAAUUUGAAGCUGGUGGAGGAGAGGGAGGAGCUGGAGGGUGGUAAAGUUGCCAUCAGAUUGCCAGGCGUGCGGAAGGGUGAUAUGGCCGCCCGCAAUUUCAAACCGGAGAUCCGCGUUUUCUCCGUACAGUUCUCGCCGACCGGUCAACAAUGGACUGCGGCAACCACCGAAGGUCUGCUGAUUUACAGCUUGAACACCGGCGUAGUAUUCGACCCUUGGGAGUUGCAGAUGAACAUCACGCCUUCUUCGGUGCGUAAAGCUAUCACUGAUAACGAUUCGACGAACGCGUUGAUGAUGUCCAUGAAAUUGAACGAAGCCGGUUUGAUCAACGAAGUUUUAGAGAGUAUCCCAGUGAAAGACAUUGAAUUGACGGUUUCGACUUUGAGCGAGAAAUACAUUGAGAGGCUGCUGCUGAUCGUGUCCACGGCUUUGGAUUCUUCGACGCAUCUAGAGUUUUACCUGCAUUGGGCGCAGAGCAUCCUUACCACGCACGGUUUAACGAUAAAAGCGCAGCAGAACAUGCCGGCGCUUUUGGCGCUGCAGAAGAGUUUGAGCAAGAAAUACGAGCAAUUUUCCAAGAUAUGUGAUUUCAAUAAAUACACGAUGCAGUACAUCUCGCGAUUGGGUGAGGUCAAGGCGAGCGGUGAUGCACGCAUGAUUGAAGAGGACGAAGCGUCCGUUGACGAUAUUAACGAAGAGAUGGAUUAUUCCGAGGAGGAAUGAGACGUCGGUCGGUAAUUAAAAAAAUAUAUAUUUAUUCGUAAGAGAUACAUAUAACAACAACAAAAAAAAUAAUAAUGGAAUAAAUAAAUAAAACAACGCAUAUUUUCUUCCUCAACAGAA